AUGAAGUUUCUCCCCUUGCCCGAAUUCGAGGACGUGACGAGUUCGCUCAGCUUCGACACCGCUGAUUGCCACAUCACCGGGAGCUGCGACCUUUACACGACCAAGGCUGCUCGAGCCGAUCGGAAACUAUACAAGAACAUCGAACAGAGUCUAGAGGCGCAGUAUGAGUCGGUCCUUCGCCUGUCGGCUUCUCUGUCGCCCCCGAAUGCCACGGACGCGGCCGCGUCGCUCAAUCUGUCCCGCUCGAGUCCAUUUGGCCCCCUGAGUGACCAUUCGAGCCGGAGAACAUUUGCCUAUCUGAUCGCGACAUUGAACGCCAGCCAUCCAGACUACGACUUCUCACAUGUCCUGCGCCCGUCAGACUUCCACCGCGAAAGGAAUCUCAAACGGGUGAUGAACACGAUUGACUCGACGCUGUUCAACCUCCGGCCCCGCGAAGCCAUCGAUCUGACACCGCCAUCGCCCGUAACGAUCUCCGGUUCAUAUAAUGCGGGCGCGUCCUCGACUUGGGGACCACGGAUGUGGAGGAUUAUCGACGAGCACAUGUCUCUCAAGGAAUGCUCGCUGUAUUCUUACUCGCCGGACGAAGACCCGUCUGACGCGGAUGAUGGAGCGAUUUGGAGCCUCCACUACUUCUUCUUCAACCGACUGCGGAAACGGGUCUGUUAUCUUUACCUGCGAGCGAUCCCCAUCCUGAGUCACACGCCCAGCGAGGGAGUCGCUACGCCGACAACCAAGAGAACGUUCGACGACGGGUACAUGACACCGGAUCUCAGCUCGAGCAAGCGGGCUCGCUACUGGCUGGGCGAGGGCGUCGAACUGGAGAGCGAAAGCGACGACGACGUGGAUCGGUCGCAACCCGCGCAUCCGGUCGUGGACGAAUACGACAACUACCUACUCAGCGACGAGGAGUUCCGGUCUCGAUCCGGUAGCAAAGGGACCGUUCGGGCGAUGAGCGAGGAAAUUGCUGACUCGAUGGAAGUCUGA